UCAGUCCCUCCCCACACAUCAUCACAGUCUACCCGUGGUACAUUGUGUUUAAAUCGGGCUCUUUUAACUCAGGAACACAGUGCAUGCGAGAACUUCAAUACGUGCAGGCUGUUCUCACAUCCCAUCAUGCAUCUGGCGUCAGUAGUUCUCACCAUAGUGGCACUCUCCACAACAGCCGCUAAGUUCCAUGAUUCCUUGACAACAGAAGAUCUCAAACACUACUUCGGAACAGACGCCAGGAACAAUGUACCGGAGUACGAGGUCGUCCACCCCGCCCCUGUGGCAGGAAGUCGUCACGCACGCACAAGCCACAUCCCCCCACCCCUACUGAAGCACCGACAGAAGGGUCAAGUCCCCCCACCUCCCCUCAAGUACCGACUGAAGGCUUUAGGAGAGGAGUAUGACCUUCACCUUCAACACAAUCCACAUCUGGUGGCGCCAGGGUGCCUGGUGACGACUGACGGAGGGGACAUGGAAACAGUGCCGUGCCCGAUGAAGGACUGUUUCUACCACGGCUUCUCGGCAUCCCACAACGACUCAACUGCUGCACUCAGCACGUGCAACGGUCUGCAUGGCAUCAUCAGCACACCGUCUCAUCAGCUGAUGAUUCAUCCAGUCAGAGAGCAGCAUCUGCCGCUAACCACGCCCCCUGGGUACCCCGUCCCAUCCCGCGCCCACAUCGCCUACAGAGUACCCAAGAGGAACAAGAGAAGCUGUGGCUUGCAGGCUGCUGCCGACUCUCUGGUUCGAGCAGCCCCACGACGCAUGCGCAGAGAGGCAGGCAAGCGUUAUAUCGAGAUGUUGAUCGUGGCUGACAGGACGAUGUACGACUACCACAAAGAUGAUCUCACUCACUACGUCCUCACUGCUGCCAAUGUCGCUGCAACCCGUUACCUGGACCCUAGCCUCAGGAUCAAGCUGUACCUGACUAUCCUCAAGGUGAAGAUCCUCACUGCCGACCAGCCGGGCCUAAGUAUAGUUCCUGACGCUGAGAAGACUCUCCAGAGCUUCUGUGCUUGGCAGGAGCCCCUCAACCCACGAGGAGACGACAACCCGGAGCACUGGGACACAGCCAGUCUGAUGACCAGGGUGGACCUAAUCUACCUGGGGUCACAGUCUGACACCGGGUUGGCGACCUUGGAGGGCAUGUGUGGGGACAACAAGCGCUGCUCCGUGGUGGAGGAUGAUGGCCUUGACCUAGGUUUGACUCUGGCCCAUGAAACGGGACACACCCUGGGCAUGCACCAUGACGGCGAGGGUAAUGCCUGCGCUGACAAGAAGAACAUCAUGUCAUCUGGCGGGGGUGGAGGGGCGACGGCCUUCAAGUGGUCGUCUUGUAGCGCUGAUUACGUCAACAAGUUUCUCAGCAAUGGUCAGGGCAACUGCUUGAAUGACUCCCCACAAGGUGCAACCCUAGCCCUUCCCCAACAACUUCCGGGAGUUCUCUACCCAGCAAAUGCGCAGUGCGAGUUCUUUGUUGGGGAAGGUUCCACUAUCUGCACCGGUACCAGUCUAGUCGGGGGUGACGAGUGCACCAAACUGGUCUGCUUCGACCCCGCUCAGCCUGGAGAAUGCCGAGGAAGUCAGACACCUCGCAUGGACGGCACAGAAUGCGGCGACAGAAAGUGGUGCCAGGGUGGGCAGUGUGUGGACAUUGGGCCAGACGGUCCGGCUCGCCAGGACGGGGGAUGGUCCGCCUACAGCCAGGACUGGACGCCGUGCUCCAGGUCAUGUGGAGGAGGAGUCCGGUACAAGGCCAGGAAGUGCAACAACCCAAGACCGCUGUUCGGUGGCAAGGAAUGUGUGGGUCAGGACACCAUGGCCGAGAUGUGCAAUACCCACGCAUGUUCGACAUCUCAGCUGACUUACAAGAAGGAGCAGUGUGCAGCCACAGACGCUACUCUAUAUAAUGGCCAGCGUCAUCACUGGAUACCCAUGGGAGACACAAGUGCGACACAAUGCCAGCUGCUGUGUGAGAGUGAAUCUGCUCACUUCGGGGUGACCAGGACUUUGGACGGAAGCAGUGACUUCAAGGACGGAACCGAAUGUCAACCCAAGGAAGGAACCUACGGCCGGUGUGUCCGUGGCGCCUGCAUGGCGUUUGGGUGUGACGGGGUGUCUGACUCAGGCCGGGAGAAUGACAUGUGCGGCGUGUGUAACGGUCUCGGGGACACGUGCACUAAGAAGUCCGGCCAGUUCACUAAGGGCGAGGAGCACAAAUAUGUGACCUUCGUCACCAUCCCUAAGAGCGCCACUGGAGUCACCAUCACCAACACCAACAUUUACAGCAUCCUCAGUCUGAGUGUGGGUGGAGUCCAGGUGUUGAACAAGGGGGGACAGAAGGAAAUGUCAGGCACGUACACCGCCGCGGGGGUGACAGUCAAGUACAGACGGAACCCAGAGAAGCUGGAGGUGUUAGGAACAGUGCCUGAGGACGCCGAGGGCCAGGUGUACCGCAUCUACGGCGACAUGUACGCUGGGUCAAACCCCAACAUCAGCUUCGAAUACUAUGUUCCUAACAGUCAGAGCGGCCCUCAACGGUUUGUGUGGAAAACAAGGGAAGGACAAUGCAGCGUUACCUGUGGAGAGGGAAGCGUGAAAUCCGAGGCCACGUGUGUGAAGGCGGACACAGGGGCAACAGUUGACAACUACAGGUGCCCCCCUGGAGGACAAGCCUCCGUCAGAAGGGAAGUCCUGCUCCAAGCCUGCCUGCCCUGCAUCGUGGAGGGCGGGAUCAUUCAGCGCUUGCAGCCAGACGUGUGGCGGGGGUACGCAGAGCCGGCAGGUGCGCUGCAUGAGGGACACCAGCCCGGUGCCAGACUCGGCAUGCACGGGCCCAAAACCUGUUCCCAAACAUGUUCAGUGGGACUGAAGACGCGGACCAGCAAGUGUUUCCUUGGCAACGAGGAGGUUCCUGAUGCGAAGUGCUUACCAUCAGAAAAACCAGCGUCCACCCAAACCUGUCUUACCGCCGUCUGUUUCCCUGAAAUGACUGGAAUCAAGUGCGCCGAUACCAAGGACUGCGAAGGGCGUGACACCUCCGUCUGUAAGGCUGAUUACGCCGACUGGUCCAAGAAGAACUGCAUGCAAACCUGCGGCUACUGCAAGGUGGACGGAAACAGUGCUUGCAAGGAUGUCGACACGGAAGAAUGCAAGGGCCACGGUCCCAGCGUCUGCACCGAGUACCCUGACUGGUCGAAGGAGAAUUGUGCCAACUACUGCGGCUGUGACAGCUCGGUAGGGACGGGCUCCACUGGGGAGACAGACUCUACAGACAGCUGCCAGGACAAGGACACCGAGACGUGCAAGGGACAGGGAGCCAGCGCCUGUACUGAAUAUCCUGAUUGGGCUAAAGAGAACUGCGCUAAAUUUUGUAACAUCGGUUGUAAAUCGUCAGGUACAGGUACCGAGUCUGGACAGCAGAGUGGCGGGUGCAAGGAUAAGCUUGACACGUGUGACCAGUACGAUGACCAGACCUGCACGCAGUACCAGGAUUGGGCGCUGGAGAACUGCAAGAAACGAUGCAACCUUUGUACAGGUGAGAGUCACGUGACUAGCGCGCAGUCUGUAGUCAGUAGUAGCACGGCGGCAUCUACAGCUGCAUCAACAACGGCAUCUACAACGGCAUCUACAAGCAUUAGCACGGCAGCAACUGCGGCGUCUGUUGACAGCAACUGCAAGGACGAGCUGACAAACUGCGCAGCGUACGGGAUGAGCACAUGCAGCCAGUACCUCGACUGGGCGCGACAGAAAUGCCAGAAGUACUGUAACAUGUGUGGCCAGGCUUCAAAAGCGGCAGCGACGACACCUUCGACCACCACGACGGCACAGAUGACGAGCACGGCUGUCAGCGGUGAUUGCGUUGACAAAGUGAACUGCCCCGGCUACGGGACGAGCAUCUGCUCACAAUAUCCAGACUGGGCCACCGAAAACUGUAAAAAGUACUGCGGCAAAUGUGAAUCAAAGAAAACUCAAUCUACUGCGCAGCCGGUAACGGUGACAACACCAGCGUCCGACUCCAGCUGUACAGAUGUACGAGGGGACUGCGAAGGCUACGGUAAAGGCGCGUGCACACAGUAUGGUGACUGGGCCAAACAAAACUGCCAGAAAUUCUGCAACCUGUGCGGGGUGACAACAGCUGCGGGAGACCCAGACUGCAAGGACAGCAAGGCGGACUGUGCUGGUUACGGGGCAGAUGCGUGCGCACAGUACCCAGACUGGGCCGCUUCAAACUGCAAACGUUUCUGCAACUUGUGUGGCGCUGGCGCUGGCGUUGUUGGCGACGCUGCGACGCAGGCUGUGACAGACACAAAUACAGAUACUAAGACUGAAACAGACACAGCAGUCUGCGAGGACAAAACUGACUGCCCUGGCUACGGACGGUCAAUCUGUUCAGAUGAUCAGUACAAGGACUGGGCUAACGUGAAAUGUCCCAAAUAUUGUGGAUUCUGUGGUGCGGCCAAGACUAGCAACAGCGACACUGCCUCCUGUGUCGACCUGGCCGACUGUGCGGGAUACGGUGCCGACGUCUGCACUAAAUACGGCGACUGGGCCAAGACCAACUGUAAGAAGUUCUGCAGCAUCUGUGGAGCGGGAAACAACAACAACAACAACAGUGGCUGCAAGGACACAUCCAGCGACUGCUCGGGCUACGGCAAAUCAGCUUGUACACAGUAUGCUGACUGGGCGAAAACCAACUGCCAGAAAUAUUGCAACCUUUGCUAGACAAGAUUUCUGCAAUGGAUGUUGAUGUUUGAACCCAGACUUCCGGUCAGUGACUUCCGGUCUAACCUGAGCCUGGCUGUUUUCUCCAAACACCCAACUGGACAAUGUUUUUGUUUUACGUCAGUACUGUUUGUGUAUCACGUGGCAUAGUUUGUGUUCAUCACGUGACGGAGUGUGUUUUGUGUGACAUGUAAAUAGUUGUUAUUUUGCUGCAGAGAAAGACCCCAUGACAAUAGUGUGAUACCAAUAUGAUACCAAUGUUAUAUGGAUAACGGCAUACUGCGAUGAUAGUACAAGCAACAAUUCACUGGCAUAAACAUUUUACUUCAACUAUUGAAAGCAUGAAACACGAAAUACAAUCACUUCAAGGGGAGGCAACUCUCCUGACUGGGAACGCCGAAUGCUGUAGAUAAAUCCUCUAUUGAUUCCCAUGACAAAGGACCCCCUGCUCUUAUGAGCAAGACGAGUGUAUUUAUUUUGCAAUAUUAAACUGAUAGUAUCAGU